AACAACACAACACAACACAAUACCAUUCUUCUCAAAUCUAGGGUUUUCCAUUUCCCCUAUUAGCGAUUAACCAUUUGGGUUAGGGUUUACUUUCUCACUCUCACUCUCACCCUCACCCUCACCCUCACCCUCACCCUCACUCUGCAGCGUCAAUGGCGGCAAUUGCAGCUCCCCAGCAUCGAUCGUCGAAAACCGAGUCCUACGUGGACAAUAAGCGCAAGGAAGAUAUCCGCCACGCCAACAUCGUGGCCGCACGCUCAGUCGCCAACGCCGUCCGCACCAGCCUUGGUCCCAAGGGCAUGGACAAGAUGAUCUCUACCUCUUCCGAUGAGGUCAUCAUCACCAACGACGGCGCCACCAUCCUCAACAAGAUGCAGGUUUUACAACCUGCCGCCAAGAUGCUCGUAGAGCUCUCCAAGUCACAGGACUCUGCCGCCGGCGAUGGAACCACCACAGUCGUCGUCAUUGCCGGCGCACUCCUCGAACAGUGCCUCCUCCUCCUCUCCCACGGCAUUCAUCCCACCGUCAUCUCCGAUUCUCUCCACAAGGCCUCCGUGAAGGCCGUCGACGUCCUCACCGCCAUGGCCGUGCCCGUCGAGCUCUCCGAUCGUGACUCGCUCGUGAAAUCCGCUAGCACUUCGCUCAACAGCAAGGUGGUGAGCCAGUACUCGACGCUGCUGGCGCCGCUUGCCGUGGACGCUGUGUUGUCGGUGGUGGACGAGGCGAAGCCCGACAUGGUUGAUCUACGUGACGUGAAGAUCGUGAAGAAGCAUGGUGGGACGGUUGAUGAUACGGAGAUGGUGAAGGGUUUGGUGUUUGAUAAGAAGGUGAGUCACGCUGCUGGAGGACCAACGCGCAUGGAGAAUGCCAAGAUUGCUGUGAUUCAGUUCCAGAUUUCUCCUCCAAAGACCGAUAUUGAGCAGAGUAUUGUGGUGAGUGAUUACUCUCAGAUGGAUAGGAUUUUGAAGGAAGAGAGGAGUUACAUUCUGGGCAUGAUUAAGAAGAUUAAGGCCACUGGUUGUAAUGUGUUGUUGAUUCAGAAGAGUAUUCUGAGAGAUGCUGUCACUGAUUUGUCUUUGCACUAUCUUGCCAAAGCUAAGAUCUUGGUGAUCAAGGAUGUGGAGCGAGAUGAGAUUGAGUUCAUUACCAAGACUUUGAAUUGUUUGCCCAUUGCUAACAUUGAGCAUUUCCGUGCUGAGAAGUUGGGUUAUGCAGAUCUUGUGGAGGAGGUUUCUCUCGGGGAUGGCAAGAUUGUGAAGGUUACUGGUAUUAAGGAUAUGGGAAAGACCACGACUGUGCUUGUCCGCGGAUCCAACCAGCUCGUGUUAGAUGAAGCUGAGCGGAGUCUGCAUGAUGCUUUGUGUGUUGUUAGGUGUUUGGUUGCCAAGAGGUUUCUCAUUGCAGGUGGUGGCGCACCGGAGAUAGAGCUGUCAAGGCAACUGGGUGCCUGGGCAAAGGUGUUGCACGGAAUGGAGGGUUAUUGUGUUCGAGCAUUUGCGGAGGCCCUUGAAGUCAUUCCUUAUACUCUAGCUGAGAAUGCUGGUUUGAACCCGAUUGCCAUUGUUACUGAGCUCAGGAAUCGUCAUGCACAGGGUGAGAUAAAUACUGGAAUCAAUGUGAGGAAGGGUCAGAUUACGAACAUCUUGGAGGAGAAUGUGGUGCAGCCACUGCUAGUAAGCACAAGUGCGAUCACCUUAGCAACAGAGUGUGUGCGGAUGAUUUUGAAGAUUGAUGAUAUUGUAACUGUGAGGUAGAGUUGAUUGAACAGUGACAGAAAUUCAGAGAAAAACUGAAUCAUCAUCUUUUGUCCUUCAAGUUUUAAUUAAGUUGAUAGUUAUGUUCUUUUUUAGCUACUCUGGUUUAGUAAUUUUCACUUAUUUUGGCUGCUGUUGUUAUUUACAACUUUGGAUGUCCUUGUGGAUUGUGAUGCUUGCUGAAGUCAUCAAAAGCCCUUCUUCUUAAUGUGUAUUGGGAGUUUAUCAAUAGUUGAUCAUUUUUCUGAGCGCCAUUGAUAUUGACUGUAUUCAUGUUUUUCACUUC